AUGGCCGUGUCACAGAGAGCUACCGCUACUGCGGCUCCAUCUGCUAAGGGUGUCAAGGAGAACAAAUCCAAGCCUGCCCCCAAAUUCAGAGAUGGCGCGUCCGAUGAGUUCGAGUUUGGUGGCUCAAUUGGCGUAUUGCUGCUGAUGACUGGUUUCCCCAUCAUCAUGUGGUACAUGUGGAUUGGCGCAACUUACUACGAUGGCAAGCUUCCUCUGCCUGAGGUCGACCAGUCUUGGACUGAUUUUGGCCGUCACCUCUGUCAAUUGGUCUAUGAGGGUGCCUAUCCCACCGCCAAGGCAUGGGUAAUCUACUGGGUCUUUUUCAUUAUGGAGUCUCUGAUGUACUGCUACAUGCCUGGCGUUUCCAAUUAUGGCCGUCCCCUGCUUCAUGAAAACGGGAAGAGGCUUCCCUACUACUGCUCUGCCUACUGCAGUUUCUAUGCGACACUUGCAAUUGUUGCUACCUUGCAUUUCACCGGCGUGUUUCCUCUGUACACGUUGAUUGACGAAUUCGGACCUAUCAUGACUGUCUCUAUCCUAUCUGGCUUCCUGAACAGCUUCAUCGUGUACUUCCAGGCUAUCGUGCGCGGGCGGACCCACAGAAUGUCGGGCUCUCCCAUCUAUGAUUUCUUUAUGGGCGCCGAGUUGAACCCACGCAUCGGUAUCUUGGACUUCAAGAUGUUUUACGAAGUCAGAAUACCCUGGUUUAUUCUGUUCCUUAUCACCUUGUCCGUGGCAGCUCGUCAGUACGAAACCUAUGGCUACGUUUCUGCUGAGGUUGUUUUCCUUGCUGGAGCCCAUUACCUGUACACCAAUGCUUGUGCAAAGGCAGAGCAAAUGAUCAUCACAAGUUGGGAUAUGUAUUAUGAGAAACUCGGAUUCUUGCUCACUUUUUGGAAUAUGGCCGGUGUGCCAUUCUCCUAUUGCCAUUGUGCGCUUUACUUGGCCAACCACGAUCCAUCUGAGUAUCACUGGAACAGAUUCGCCCUGGCAGUGUUCGCCGUCCUGUACAUCUUCUUUUACUGGAUGUGGGAUAGUGCCAAUGGCCAGAAGAACGCGUUUCGUCAUGAGGAGAAGGGUCAGCUUGUCAAACGUAACACUUUCCCCCAGGUGCCUUGGCAGGCUAUCGAGAACCCCAAGACAAUUCAAACCGAUGCAGGCGAUCACAUCAUGGUCGAUGGCUGGUUUGCGAUUAUCCGGAAGCCCAAUUAUGUACCUGACAUGUUCUUCUCUAUGUCCUGGGGUCUCAUUACUGGAUUCAAGAGCCCAUUCCCUUGGUUCUAUUUCGUUUUCUUCAUGGCCAUGAUCAUCCACCGUACCAACCGGGAUAUCAACCGAUGCCGUCGCAAGUACGGCGAGGCCUGGAAGCGCUAUGAGAAGGAGGUUCCCUACCUGUUCAUCCCAUAUGUCAUCUAG